AAAGAUGACCGAAUAUGACUGGAUCUUUUUUUGAGACUUGCAAUCGCGGUUGAGAAAUCUGCUUCCGAGCUCAUUCAUCUUUUUUGCUGCUAUCGCUCCAAUACCAAAGAAGUAUCAGACGCAAACAAAGAUGUUGUUUUGCCGUGGACUCUCUUUCCCUCUGACGGGCACGGCUGUGCUGCUGAGCCUUCUAGUGUCGUCUGCAGUGGCCAGGGAUUCCGUAACCAUUGGUUAUCUGACGGACCUUGUGGCUGUGGCCCACCAAAUUGCCAUUGAUAAAAAUUACUAUGAAGACUUGGACUUGGAUGUGGAAAUGGUCUGGUAUCCUUCUGGGGAUGCCAUGAUCACUGAUGUCAAUGGAACCUGGGAUAUUGGCAGUGCCGGUGUAGUCUCCAACAUUCUUGGAAGCCAACGAGAAGGUUUUCUAGGUGUGGGUAUUUCCAUGGAUGCCAGUGCCACCAACCAAUUGGUGGGAACCCAAGCGGCUGUAGAGACGUGGCCUCCCGAGUCCAUCGCCGGUAAUGUUUGUGUGCUUCCCGACUCGACCGAGCAAUUUGUCGUGGAAAGUUGCCUGAAGAGCCAAGGCUACGCUAUUGAGGAUGUCAGUUUCAUCUACGCUCGCGAUGGAGACUGUCUUGAUGCCUUGACGACAUCAACAGCCGACUUGGGAGGGUUCUCUCCUCCAGGUCUUUGGGAGCUGUUGGAAACGCUGGAAGGAUCCGAAACGAUUUGUUCCGGUGCGUCAGUUUAUGCCACAGUUGCCAACGGGCACAUGGUUCGUAGCGAUUUUGCUUUGGCAUCUCCCAUGGUGGUUGCCAAGGUUCUAGCCGGUUGGCUCCGUGCAGUGAAUUUCAUCAACACCCAGGACAACUUCAAGGAGACUAUGUUGUACAUGUCAUCUUUCUACGGGGAUCGUAGCUUGGAGGCACCCUCUGCAGCGAGUCUGGGACUAGAACUUCGUUUGGUGGGUUUGUUUGGUCUCCAGCUGCAGUUGGACUUGAUGGAACGUCGGGGAGAACCACCCUUGUCCAACUAUGACAUUUGGACGAAUGAGGUGGGCGCGUUCCUCUUGGACAAAGGUGCCAUCCUGACCCAGGUCGACCCGACCAAGUACAUUACCGACGAGUUUCUGAUUAUGAUUAAUGAAGACGAGUUCUUGAAAGAUUGGGCCACAGGUGGAAUGCCAACAUUGGCUUCGGGAUGCAGCAAUGUUCCUGGUUGGGCCGAUAGAGAUGGAGAUGGUUGUGAUUUUUAUGAGGUUGAAGAUGUCAGAUGCUUAUCGUAUGGAAACAUUCCAGGUGACGAUAACAUGACAGCCAAUGAUGCAUGCUGCACUUGUGGAGGAGGCACCCAGCAGUGUACUGAUGUCGAUGGAUGGGAAGAUAUUGGAGGAGACGGUUGCUCAUGGUAUGCAUCAGAUGACAGAUGCGAGCAAUUUGGCGACUUUGCCUCCUUUGCCGGUAUUGAUGGCACAACGGCAAGUGAAGCCUGCUGUGUCUGUGGAGGAGGAAGCUCCGGAGGCUCCGGAUCACCAACUCAAGAAGAAGUCGGCGGUCCUAUUGGGUUCUGCGAGGACAUCUCCAAUAGCUGGUGCGAUAUUUAUGCGGAUGGAGACUGUUGCCUUCAAGACUGCUCUGCAGAAAUCAUGGCUGCGGCGGUCUGCCACACCUUUGUAGUGACUGGCGAAGACAAUUCAGAUUGUCCUGUUCCAAGCUGCCCUUCAUCAGGCUCCCCUGUGUUGGGUACAAAACAGUUUGCAGAUUUCUUUGAUCUGGAUUUAAUUGAGUUUGUUUGGCGGGGCGUGCAAUUCAAUGCGGAAGCUCUCCAGGAUAAUUGUCCAGAUGAAUGGAAUGGCUUGGUCCAGUGCGUUAUCCAAGAUUGUCCAAAUUUCAUCGAAGUGUGUCCUGACAUAGAAUUGACGACUGAAGAAGAAGAAACGCCUGCCCCAAUCGAUCCAGUUCUUGAUGACGUCCCCACAUGUGCGCAAAUCGAGCAGGACUACUGUGGAGUAUUGGAGGAAAACCCUGACUGUUGUGUUGAUGAUUGCCUCGCAGAAGUCCACCUUGCAACCACUUGUGUUAUCCUUGAGGAGACCGGCGAGGACAGGAGUGAUUGUCAGGUGCCGACUUGCACAAGCUCCAUGGCGACGAAGGGCUCUGGUUCUUCUACCGCCAAGCAGGCGGGUGGGUUUAUUGUCCAGUAUGGUGGCUACAGCUACAGCUCGGACACUGCAGUAGAGAAAUGCCCAGAUGAAUGGGCUUCCAUGUUCCGUUGCCUCAUCAACAGUUGCCCCAAUAUCAUUGACGUGUGUCCUGAUGUGUUUUCCGAGCAGGUGCCAACCACAAAAAAAACCAAAAGCUGGAUUCCUGGUGGGCUUCAAUUCUGGCCUUAGUCACGGUGCCGAUGUUACAAAUGCUAAAUCCUUUAUUUGUCGCGACAACAUACGACGUGCAUGCUUCGAUGCGCUCGUACCGUACGAUAGCAAAAGCGAAUUGCAAGAUUCUAGCUUGUGUAUGCAGGUACUCUGACGUCUUCUUCAGAAUGAGGAGUCUAGCUACUGGUAACAUUUUUAGCUUCAUGAAUGUCUUCUUC